UCCCGAAAAGUUUAUGAGCCAUUGGUCACCAUUUCUGGUGGUAAAAUCUAUCAACCGUUCCUUCAAGUUGGCUCUUGAACUUGAAUAGAAAUAAGCACAAUGGCACAUGACUACGAAAUUUCACCAUCUAUUCCCAUAUUUAAAAAUGAAGAGAGAACACUAUAUAUCCAUUACAAGUCAUGAUCGUCCCUUUCAGUAUUGCCAACAAAUGACCCCUAACUUCUUGAACAAUCCCGCCUUAGUGGGAAACAAAGAUAUUUCCGGAAAAUUCAAGUCGCAACACUGGCUACAAUUAUGAGUAAAACUGAAUGGAUGUCCCCGGCAAUUUGGUAGUUAAAAUGUUAAAAACGCGAACCUUAAAAGAGGCUUUAUUGGUCUUCACAUAACCGGCAUUUCUUUAGAAAAUAUGUUUCACCGUAUUCAAAAUGCAGCAUGCGAAUUGAAUUAGUGCAGUGAAUUCACCCGUGACAUGAAACUAAAGAUUAUAAAACUUGUUAUAUUUUCACGAUUGUCUUUUAUGAACAUGCACAAAUGAAUAAUCGAGUAAAUCGGGCACUCUUAAUGGAAACUUGCCAAAGUGAAAAUUGUACUAUUUUUUUUAGGCAAAAGCUAUAAUGAUUUUUCCGUUAUACACGACCAGUCACGAAAAAGUUAUCGUCAGGGUCGGUGAAAGUGGUGGCUUAUUUUAGUAGAGCUACCCAACGUUGUUCACUUUCAUUCCGGUUAUUCUGGCUGACUGUUCAUGAGUGUUUUAUAAGUACUCCUAUAAGUUAACUGAAGAUAGAUAAAAAAGUGAGGUGAAGACAGUCAACCCUUAUUUCAAAACGCUAUUCGUUCUCUGUUGUAUUGAAAGUCAAGUCCUAGAUGUAUCCCACUGAAUAUCGAGAUAAAUCUCAGCUCUUUUGUUAUCUUCGUCUGUUCUACAACUGGGACUUGAAUUUGAGAAUAAUAUAAGUUUAUUUUCUUCUCUUCAAGGAGGAGAUAGCAGUGAUCUAACCAAAAAUUGUUUUUUGUAUUCCCUUUCUAGCCGGUAAUCUCAUAAUAGGAAACGGUGAAGAACUGAAGAUCAACACGACUGCACCGUCCAUCGUUAAGAACAACUGCUCCAGUUGCAAUUACAACGCAUCACAUGAAAAUAGAUCUUCCUCAAGCACGCAUAGUGAACAUCUGGCUGCCGUGAUUAGGUUCAGUGGUAACAUUGAGUUCAGAAACGGUUCAACAGUCCAAGUAUUUGGAAAGUAUGGUCUGAGUAUAACAAGUCAGAAUGGACACAUCUUAAUAGAAACUAAUAUUAACAUGACUUGUACAGAGAAGGUGCUAGAUAAAACAUGUCUCGGUGGGUUCACACAGUCAUCAGUAGGGGUAGAUGAUAGAACCAGUAAACUCCUAUAUUAUGGUAAGGGAAUCUGCUUUUAGUUGCCUUUCUCACAUUUGAUAGACAUAGCAAGGUGAGCACAAGGAUUAACAAGUGUAAUUAAGAACAGUAAAUUGAGUCUCUUCGGAAGGAAAUUCUUAACUCCACCGUAAGGCAAGACUGGUUUCCUUGGGUACUUGAUUAUGAUGCUUGAUUAUUAUGUCCUUAGUAUGAUUUAAUGGUUCAGAAAGUUUUAUAACCUCUUGAAAUGCCAAAAGGAGCAUUUUACCGCUAAAAACAAACGUUGGCUCGCACUCAGCGUGUUAGGCGUGUGAGGUAAUACCAGCUGUGACCGAUUUAUUGCCACAAUUUGCUUAAUUCAACUGGAAAUCUGAUUUAUGAGGUAGCUGAGCUGUAGCUGAGCUCCAUGAUAGAACCCGAAGUGCGCUGCUACCAACCAGGAUCGUUACAUCCAGUUGAUGAACACAUCGUUCAGGGAAGUACUGAGGCGGUCGUUUAUAACUGAUCUUUAUUCAGUCCGUAAGCAGAGCUUUGUCAGAUUCGAGCUACAGCCAGUACACUGACUGAUAAAGAACAAUUCAGUUUCCUUGCGUAAGAUUACCAAUGCUUCGCACUUUUACAGCAUAAGGCUCAUUUUACCUUGCAGGCCCGUAACCAGGGGGGGGGGGGGGGCCGGGGGUGGUUCCCACCCCCCCCCCCCAGGCCCUAAAGGGCCCCCUUUUUAAACCCCAAUUCCCAGGUAAGGGGGGCAGGUGGUUUAACCGAAGUUUAAAACCUAACCACCGGGUGUAUUUAAGACUGGCGGAUAUUGAGGUGCAGUUCAGAAUCGACAAAAUCAAUAGACGCAAAGAAAUAAGAAAACAUAUUAUCGCAUUGAAGAAAUUGCCACUCAUUACCCCAUUUCUCAAGUAUACCUUUGUUGGCCCGGGCGGCGCGGGGGGGGGGGGGGGGGGGGGGGGUGCACGGGGUGAGUUCGCACCCCCCCUCCACAGGCCUUAAAGGUCCGCAUUUUGAUACUCAAUAUCCAAGUUAAGGAGUGCAGUAGGUUAAACUGAAGUUUCAAACUUAACAGUCGGUGAUAUUUAAGGCGGCUGCAUACAUCUAACAGGGCAUGCAUGGGCCAGGAAAGGCUGUCGUCCCUCGCACUAAUGCACAUACAUUAUCAAGUCAAAGUUGUUUUGGAUGAGGUGGUAAAUCUGUUUGCCACCAAACACCCACGGAGGCUGGAGCUCGGGACUAUUCUAAGGGAUUAGUUCCGCAGUAUUUUGACGUAUCAUUUUAAAUCGUAAAAUUACUCCUUUAUAACUUAAUUUAAACAGUUGUAUUCGGCAAAUGUAAUAUUCAGUUCCUACCGUGUACUUUGCCGUUACAAUUUCUCAUGUAUUGCUACUUUCCUAAAUAAACGGAUCAGACAAUAAAAAAUACAUUUCGGUAGUUUGGUCCGCAGUUUGGCCUCGUUAGCACCCCCCACAUAAAAUCCUGGUUACGGGCCUGCCUUCCAAAGGCCAUGUUCGAGGAACAGGUGAAAACAUUUCUUUAUGAUCACAAAGCUAUCAUCACUCCUGGGUUCAAACCUUUCACUGAAUUUUUUUUAUAACUGAUCAAAUUCGCGUAAUUUUAAGAAACAGAGAUGAGUCGCGUCCUUAAAAAAUUGGUGGUUAAUAACUAGAGAAGGACGGCUUAAUAGAGGGUUUACUAUAUAGAGUGUUACUCCACCGAACACAGAUACUAGUCCACAGUGACAGAAAACGGGCAGUAUUGUGCCGUACGGUGCUCCAUUUAUCAACUGAGUGGAGACGAAGAGAGUGGAGUACUAGUAAAAAAACCAUGCGCCGAUUGAAUUCCUUCCUCCCAGUCUAAAGUCCGACAAAAUACCAGUCUCUACAAUGAAAUUUCUUGAUUUUAGUAAAGCUUUUCAAGCAAGGGAUUUUUUUUGAUUUCCAAUUUCUUUUCAGGUCUCGGUCCCGGUGGUUUUAAAAGAGGCCAAUAUCGUUUACCAUGGAGGAACUCGUGCAUACCUGGUUCUAGUCAUGGUGGAAUAGCACCUGCUCAGAGCGGUACAAAACCAUAUUCAGGUCCAGCAUAUGAUCAAAAUGACACAGUAUCACUAUUAGGAGGAAGCGGAGGUGAGACAAAUUACAUAAUCACUUGCAUGGAUCAAACUCAACAGGCAGCUUUGUGGCUCUGAUCAAAUUACUAAUGAGUGCUAGAAUGGAAUGAAAAUAGGAUGAUUAAAAAAAAAAAAACACUCGUCAGAGAGAAAAACUUCUGUUUGCACACUACAACCAUCGGCUGUGCCUUACGGCAUACUCAUCCAUGCGACAAAUCAGGUCCAUAUAACUGUGUUUUCAGCUACUUUUUCACUUCAUUGUUUGCAAUUAUGGUUGUAAGUAAAAACAUUAUGACCAAAUAAUCAACAACAAAAACCGGGAGUUAUAUAAAUGAAUUUUGAAAAGCUCUUUACAGAUAGCCAAAAAAUGUUCAGUAUUGUAGUUGACGGUUUCGAUGAAUGUUAGCCAUCUUUUUUCAAAACUGUAGGAGUGUCAACAGCUCUAAAUAGACCCCUAGCUGUAAAGACAAAAGUAUCAUUCCACCAAGCCUUUGCAUAAAGUGCCCAACUAACUCAUCGACAAAGCAAAAAUAGAGAGAAUUCGGCUAAUCAGACGUAGAAAAUGACCCAUGUACAAGGAAAGAAGCUUAGUUUAGCUGGGCGAUUCCAAAGCGACGUCAAACAACAAAUUAAUACUUGCACUUAACGAGAGUUGCGAGAGUGUAGAUCAAAGAAACGAACUGCAGGCAGAAAGAUAGUUUGUAAAUCUAAUCCCUAAUUGGGAGACGAUAAGCCUGUCUGAAAACUAUCUGACGAAAAAAAAAAAACAUUGGGUCGUCAAGCUCCCUAAAAUACAUGAACAAAAUAUACGUUGAACUAAUGACACGGUCUUGUGUUACGUUUUUGAUAAUUAUAUUUGUCCUGAGUGGCGAAAAAUUAAAAUCGUUCCUAAUAAAAUGCCUAUUUAAAUAUUAAAUUUGUUUUGUAUUUUUGCUGUUAAUCCUAACCUCCUCAGGUUCGUGUCUUUCUUCGACGGGAAGUGUUGCUGGUGGAGGAGCCAUUGAAAUAAAAGCAGAAAAAGGAUGCAUAAUCAUAAGUAUUAACCAUUAUCAAAGUUGUUGUAGGGUAUUUAUUUAAUCUACCAACAACGUAGAACCCUAAAUGGCUAAAAAGAGGUCUGGAAGAAUAGAAGUUUGAUGUCAACUGAUACAGGAGCAAGGACAGUGUAAGAAUGAAAACGCCCGACUUCUCGCAAUAUAAUCGAGUAAAUUGUUUAUAACUCAUUUUCCCGAUUUCUAUGAAACACUACUAAAUUCUUACCAAACUGUUACUCGCAGAAACUUUCUAUACGUCCUACCAUACGGUAUCUAUUGCAGCCUUAAAACAGUUUUUUGAGGAUUCUUUCUUACGCUUUAAAUGACCCAGCCUGAAUUUCAGCCGUUUCCUCGUCCGUCUCUCUCGGGGGUCUAUAAACGACCCAAUAUUAGGUGUGGAUACACGGGACAUUUUUACCUUGGUAAAAUACCAUUUGAAAUUUACCAUGGGAAAUAUUUACAGACACGUCAAAAAGAAGAAUGAAACUGCCCAUGUCAUAGCUAGCCAAGGGUGUUUCGAUACCCAUGGCAAGAAAGCCAAUCAGGCUUAGACACCAACAUGAAAACUUUUGAUAAGAUUCUUUCGCACUGUUUCGGGAAAGAUCGAUUUUGAUAUGAAAAGUUUCACGUUAAGAUGAACGUCAAACAGGGGAAUUUUAAGGCAAGAUUUCAGCUGGUUUGUCAGUGGGCAUGAUGUAGGAGUAAUAUUUACCACUGAAAAAUAUGUUCUAUACCUGACAGAUAUUUUAAAUGGACUGAAUUGUAAAUUUGAAGGGAAUCUAAGGCCUAGAUUUAAGAAAAAUGGUUUGUUGUUUAUUGCUUCGCAACGUUAUCAGGACUAGCAUACCAGAUGAAAUUGUGCUUACAUUAUGGGUAAAUUUUCAACAAAACAUUAAAUCCUACCACAAUCGACUGCGAUUAGUCCGAUUAUUACUGCAAUAGCACGAAUGAAGCCGGCUAUUUAUUUACCUUGGUGAUUAAUUCAUGUCUACUCACAUGUUACCACAUGAAUGUAAACUAUAAACUCACGUUACGAAUACUGUACAUUGCAUCGAUGACAAAUUUUAUCUUAAUCUUUUUGAGAUGCAAUUAUCAAAGCUUCAGCUCAGACUGAAACAGACAAUUCCAAAAUAUGUUCUGGUGGAGCUGGUGGACUUAUUCGCCUUAAGGCUCGUCAGGUAAUUGAUAAUUUUAAUGCAUAAUUUAUAGUGAUUCGUUAUUUGCUUUUUGGCUCGUUUUCCUCUUGACAGAGGUGUUCCUAAGAGCAAAGCGUCAGAACAUGCAAUAGCCUGCAAAUCUCGCACUUAACGAUUUUUAAUUGCUGCUGUGUCUCAGACUAUCUGUAACUUAAGAACUGCAUACUUCGCAGUUAUCGUAAAUUCUCACGUAUACACCGCACUCAUCAGCAAGCCUCACCUCCCCCACUAACUAUUCAAUAACGGAGUGGUUUCAAUCUGUAUUACAAAGGCGCGCAUACUUUAUACUAUCGGUGAAGUUCGACUCUGUAUACAUGAAAAAUUAUCUCGCCUCCUCAGUAACAAACAAAAAUAGAAAAAAAUGCAAGGGAAGGAGCCUUUUCCUUUCGCUUGUACGCACGACGAAGAGAAAACACAGUCUGACGGGUUAGACGGGUUAGACAAUAUACAGCAAAAUGGUGACAUAGUUUGACAAUUACAUUAGUAAAUUAGGAUUUUUUUGAGGUCGGCUUUGGUUGUUGACUAGCGUAUCGAUAAAUAUCGGGAUUAGAGUCCAUGCCACAUGCUUUUUACCUGAUUUUCAAUUUUAUCAUCACGAAUUUUGCUACCCCUUUUCUCAUGAAUAACACUUGAUCUUUACAGAAGCUUAUUCCAGAUACUAGUACGACCGAGUAGAGAUCCUCUUGUAAGACUGUUCAAUCUAAUCUCAGAUAAUGCUCUUCUCUUAUGAAAUGGAAAAGGUGUUAUUGUGUUAAAAGAUGAACUAUUUACAACUAAGGAAAUCCAAUGAUUCACACUUCGUCUUUAUAAAAAUAAUCAUAAUAUUCUAAAUAUGGAUUUAUACAGCCUCGUUCCCAGGGAAAGACCAAGGUUGAAGAGUUAUGGUGCAUUUUUAUGGAAUUCCAAAUCCGGAUUUUCCAAUCCAAAAAGCGGAUGUUUCUUUCUUUUUAGGCUUGAUUACCAGCCGCUGUUCGAGAAACGAGCCUACGCUCGACCGAGAGAGCGAGCAGAAAUCGAGCCAACUUUCUUACGGGCACUUAAGAAUCGAUGCAACAUUUCGGUAUUUAAACUUUGUUUCGUCGGAUUCUAUAUCUACUCUGGCUAUGAUUUUCGUUGACUUGGUUUUUUUUCUAGGUUGAUCUGAGGGAGCAAGGAAAACUUAUUGUUGAUGGAGGAAAUGAAAAACAAGGAUCAGGGGCAGUUUCCAGUUUGGGUGGUGGAGCAGGUGGAAUCAUACAAAUAAUAUCACCUGCUGGUCGCCUGCCUCUUAAUGCUUUAUCUCUAAAACGAGGCAAAAAAACAUCUAGUUCGUGCAAAGAGGCAGUACCGGGAUAUUAUUUUGUAGCAGGUAAUUUCCUCUGGUGUACUAUCCAGAAAUAUGUGAAAACCACUGACCUCAACUCUUAAAACAGGGGGCAGUGAUCGAGAGGAAAGAGAUCUAAAAUGUCAGAGUUUGACCAGUCAAUAAAAUAAUGUAUAUGAAAGCACUGGCAUAGAGAUCUGCGCUGUUAGAGUUCGACCAAUCAAUGAAAAUCGAAAGCAUAUUAAAGUAAGCAUCAAGAAUUGAGCUGAUAGAGUUUCACCAGUCAACGAAAUUCGAGGGCGAUUUCGUUUCCUCUCAUUGCAACCAAAUAUUUCACAGAUAUGACUUGUCUUACCCAGGCUAAGAUUCCCAGAGCCAAACGUUUUCCGAGGACGUGAUAGGCAAAGAAAUAUGUUUUCAUGGCAAGAAAAUGCAUUACAUUUCCUGUCGAUCGUUGAUUAAUUGCUAUUUUGUGUGGCUCAGGUCUAGUUAGGGGAGAGCCACUAGAUUAUGUUCAUGCCGUUGCGGAGCUUACCAUAAGAAAAGAUAAUUUAAUUGAGUUGAAGAAACUUCGAUAGCCAUUUGUGUAGAAUGUCUGUCGAAAUGAAAAUAUGAAUGAAACGUAAUUGGUCGAUAUAUUAUUUCAUGUCAGAUUACUCCAAAGCGGACAAUAUAGAGAUGUUUCCAGAUACGAAACCAUAUAACUGGAGUUCAAGGUCGUCUCAGUCAUGUCCAUUACGUUACUUCAGCGUCACACCCACACAUCAAGGUAAGUAUCAACGAUUCAAAUCGAUGUAA